CUUUUCUUCUUCCCCGACAUAGGUCGGAGCUAUGUACGGGCGGUUUUCAUCUCAACUAACGUUGCUAUUACUUUUGGCAACGAAAUGUGCCGAAGCUGUGUUCAACGAAGUUCCAGUCAAGUCUGAGUUCGAAUCACCUGACGACACACCGAACGCUCAGCCGUUUUUAUUCAACCCGACAGGUGGAAUUUGGGAAACAGCAGCAAAAGCGGUUGCCAAAUUGGUCAGUUCAAACUUCCCCGUUCCACCACCGAGGCAAGCCGGCUCAGACUUUAUAAGUAAUAUUUUGAGAAUACUUGGUCUGGAUCAGUCCAAACUAGGGGCCAUCGCUUUGAACGCUUUGAUAUUCCUUGCUCACGUGAUAGGUAGUACAAUUAAAGGGAAAACUCCUCUAAAGCCGAGCGAGGAAGAUGACAUCGGUCCGCAAGGCAAUCCUUUGACUUGGACCUUCAUAGAUUUUCCAAAUGAAGCUCGAGAACUGGUGAGAGCAGCACAGGAGAAAAGCCUGCCCGAGAGAUUGAUCAAGCUGCUCCGAGAUGGCGCGACCGGUGAGACGGACUGCGUUCAACUUCUUCUCUGCAGGUCCUCCCCGAUCAUCUGGGCGAUGCAGAAGUCCCUUUACAAACCUCCAGACCCGUCAUGGCCCAGGCUGAUGCCCUUGGAGAGGAUGUUCGCCUACUUCCCGACCCUUGAGGAAAUCCUGCAGCACGCGGCGACGUGCAACGUACGAUUUCCUUCGUGCAAUCACAGGCAUUCGCAUCUCAACUAUGACUGAGCAGAGACACUAUCUCAAGUGGAAUGAAAAUAUGCAAUUAUAAUUACAAGAAAACGAUGAAACACUUCUUUUUUAAGUGACAACUCAUGCGGAUAGUGAGACAUUCAUAAACAUUUAAUAAUUUAGCUAGAAUUAACUUAAUUAACUCCAUCAAAACAAAAUUUGAAUAUUUAUUUUUUAAAGGGUAAUUUUUAAAGGGUAUGCUACAACUCGUUAGUCUUUCCAGUUGUGGUUUUUCUUCUCGUUCUCAUUGUUAACUGUUCUACCAUAUAAUUAUAGUACUAGUGUCCUCGAUUGCUUAUCUGAGUAGUUAGAAAUUUUUUUAUAAUAUAUAUUUUGUCACAUUUAGUUAUUGACUAUUACAUUAGUGUUUUUUUGCAUUUUGAGCUAGACUCGUAUAUUUUAUGACAAUGCUAGCAUAGAAAUAGAUACGUCUCCUUGGGUUUUUGGCGCAUUUUUACCGUGAAGACUGGCAAGAUUUUUAAGUUUUGAUGGAUUUUUUCAUUCUAAAAUUGCGAAUUUAUAAAGUUGCAAGUCUAUUUGCGUUCAUGUAUACAUAUAUUUAAUUUUAUAUCUAACAAAUUUAUUCACUUCUGAAGUUUGUUCCGUUUUUAUCAUCUUAUAACAGCUUGGUUGAGUAUUUUUGAUCUUUAUUGUCUUUGUGUUAAUUUGUCAACAAGUUACAUUGAUUAGAUUUCGUGGUCCGGUUGACCAA